UUGGAGUCAAUUGUUAUGCCUAGUAGAGUUGGAAGAUCAAAUCUUGGAUAUGGCAGUGGCAGCCGAAGUUCUAUUUCUGGUCAAGAAUCACACGGGAUGUAUAGCAGUCGGCAGGGAACAGGUUAUGGUGGAGGAUCUUAUGGUGGCAGUGAUGUUGGAGGCAUGUACUCGUCAAGUUAUGGUGGUGAUUACGUUUCUCGUGGAAGUGAUGUUGGCGGCAGCUCAUAUUCGUCAAUGUAUUCUGGCAGAGGUGCCGGCGGCGGUAGCAGUUACAUGGGCAGCGGUGGAUCUGCACUUUGAACUGUUUGUCUUAUU